AAUGACAACACAAGUGACAAGAAACGUCAUAUUUUAUGUCACUUGUCACUUUCUUAAAUACCACCUAUCUAUGGUGAUUCGGUGAACGGAUUUACCGGUAGAAAUUGUAGCGAUUUUCAAGCGAGCUCAGAAUAUACUUAUUAUAAUAAUGGCGGUAAACAGUGCCACGUCUUUCGUGUUAUCAUCAAUUUUAACCCUGCUGAUAUUCUCUGGAAUGCAAAUGUACAAACCUCUGUUGGUCAAAUCGCCGAUAACUAUUAUAUUUGGAGGUUACCUCGGCUCUGUGAUGUUCAUGUUUUUCGUUACUGCCGUGGGUAAUCUUGAAGCGACACUGUUUGGCAAAAACUUCCAGCUGAAGUUGCCAGAAAUUGUGCUGUCUAUGGCAGUGUCAUUGAUUGCUGCUGGCAUGGUGCAUAGGAUUUGUUUUACAACAUGUUUAAUUUUCUCAAUAAUAACGAUCUACUAUAUGAACAAGUUAUCACAGAAGACGUAUGCGGUGUUGGCGCCACCGCCGGCGCCCGUCAAGACUCGCCGUCACAAAUGAGUGCAUUUAUACAAAGUUACAUUUUUUUACUUCUCAAUAAAUUAGUUCUUUUCUA